UUUGACUACGUAUAUGUUAACCUAGCAACAGUACGACCGUUAGAAGGACGCUACCUGUAGAGUUGAAAAGACGUUACGGUUAGAAAUUCCUCUCUUCUAAGUGAAUAUUUGCCGAAAUUUCAACCAUGAGUGACAAAAAUGUUGUGUAUUCUGAAAGAAAAGGUACCAGAGAAGAUGAUUUGCUUAAGCGUUGCACAGGAGGAUACACUCAAAAUAGCAAUGAAAGUUUCAAUUCAAUAGUUUGGUCUAUCGCUCCGAAAACAAGAUCAAGCGGCAAAAAAAUAUUGGACUUGAGUGCAGAUAUUGCUGUUAGUAUUUUUAACGAUGGACUGCAGGCAGUUUUAAGAAUAAUGGACACCAUGGAAAUAACAAUUGGCAAUAAUUGCUACAACUUCUGCCUCGAAGCCGAUGCGAAGCGAAUUCAAUACUCCGAGCGCUCGCUCACUGAUAAAGCGAAAGAGGCGCGCCAAUCCUUAACGGCGGCCAGAAAACAAGGAGAAGAAGAAAAUAGCAACAUAGAGGGUCAACUUUAUGGUUCUGGAAUAGCUGACUAA